UCCGAUGGUAAAGUGAGUUACAGCUCGAAUCUCGUCAUCACGUGUCUCAAUGGAAGAUCUUUAUUGAAUGUUGUAUAUUUUAAACAUAAUAUAGUAACUAUUUAUUGAGACAAGUGGGGCAUCUGUUUAAUACAAGAUUCCUUAAUUUACCCUAAAUUUUACUUACUCAAUUUCGUCUUUAACCUGUUUUAGGGAGAAUAGUUGGCACUAAAUAAACGAGUGUGGACAGCUGAAGAUAGGCUACCCGCAUUAGAUCACUGGCUUAUUGUAACAAAUUAUAUCAAACAGAUAAACGGGCAGGUUAUCUGAGUCGAGGCGUGGCCUUCACCAUGCCUUCACGAUCAACCCAGAAUGGUUCACUUCAUCCCGACCACCACUUCACGACUGGGCUGCCCCGGCAUUUGUUACGAGAUGAAUCAGGUGUGGGUGGCGUUACUUCUGCUCGCUGCAGGGACAAGUGACUGCGUGCGCAUUCUUGUUAUGCAACCUCACUAUGCCAGGAGUCACAGUAGAGCUAUGGAGCCAUUGUUUGAGGAACUAGCUUCUAGAGGACACAACCUUACAUUAGUCACCAGUUUCCCACAUAAACCUCCUCUACCAAAUUUGUACGAGAUAGACGUGUCUUACAGGCUGAGACCUAUGAUCAGCAAUUUCAGUUUUGAAGCAAUCAAUAGAUUAAUGCCAAACGCUUUCCAAUCCCCACUGUACAUGUCAGACCUCGAGCUGUACCUGUGCAACAAGUCGUAUUCCGAACCACAAGUCCAGAAACUGUUGGAUUCAGACGAAAAAUUCGAUUUGGUGAUAACAGAAAUUUUCUCUUCCGACUGUUUUGCCCCACUCGCUCACAGAUUUAACGCCCCUCUUGUUUCAGUCGUAACAAGCUAUUCUCUGCCGUGGGUGGCAGAUAGGGUUGGUCUCCCUGAUAAUCCGUCUUAUAUCCCCAACUAUUUCGCUGGGCUCCCCACCAACAUGGACUUAUACCAAAGGGUGUACAACACCGUCUUGUUAGUCUGGGCUAAAUUGGUCCACAGGUAUUACGCUUUACCUCAGUCACAAAAUAUGGCCAAUGAAGUAUACGGUAGUUAUACUCCACCCAUAAACGAACUAAUUAAAAAUACAUCAUUAGUUUUGGUCAACAGUCACAUUUCUCUAUCUCUCAGCCGUCCUUUUCCUCCUAAUGUUGUAGAGAUUGGAGGUAUACAUAUAAGAAACACCUCGAACUCAUUGCCGAAGGAUUUGCAGGAUAUCUUGGACAAAUCAACUCAGGGAGCUGUUGUGGUCAGUUUUGGUUCUCUAGUCAGAAUGUCUACCCUCCCUGAGCAGAUAAUCAAUAAUUUUAUGAAGGCAUUCUCCUCUGUUCCUCAAACUGUUAUUUUUAAGUAUGAAGAUGAUCUACAAGGAGUUCCUUCAAACGUCGUUAUAAGACAGUGGUUGCCGCAAAAAGAAAUUCUUGCACACAAGAACGUGAAAGCGGUCUUCGGCCAUGGAGGGUUGUCUAGCACAAUCGAAGCCGUCUACUUUGGAAAGCCUCUCAUUGGUCUACCGUUUUUCGCUGAUCAAUAUUUGAAUGUAAAGGGGAUUGUGAGUCUAGGAGCAGCUGUCCAACUUAACAUGGAUGAUCUUUCAGAGGAAAACAUAAGAGCAGCCAUAAAAGAGGUCAUUUACAAUCCAAAAUACACAGAGAAUAUCAGGCGACUGUCAAGGCAAUUCCGGGACCGGCCUAUGUCAGCAAUGGAAACAGCAGUGUACUGGAUAGAGUAUGUCAUCAGACAUCAGGGGGCGCUACACUUGCGACCGGCCUCUGUCAGUCUGGCGCUCUACCAGUACUUACUACUCGACGUCAUCGCAGUGCUAUUUCUCCCAGUGUUCCUUCUCCUGUACUUUAUCUACUUUUUGUUCUUCAUGGCUGUAGAAGUUAGUCCCAACGAUCACAGGAACUAUAAACUAAAGAAAAACAAUUAAAAGCUCUAUUAUAACUCAUUUUGAUACACAGAACAUUUUUUAAAUAACGAAUAAUACAUUUAAUCUUCUUAUCCAUUGUAUUUAUUAACUUUUAUUAAAAAUAUAAGUUUUAAUUUAAAAUA